AUGGAGCAAUUUUUGGUCAAACAAGCUCUUGCCAGAAGAGACAAGUUGGAUAUUAAAGAGGUACUAACUCCAGCUGAUUUUCAGGCCAAACUGAAAGAGGCUGGAGACAAAUUAGUUCUGAUUGACUUCUUUGCAGACUGGUGUGGGCCUUGUAAGCAAUUUGCACCAACAUUUGAGGACAUGGCUGCAGAAUGUCAUAUCAGUGCUGUGCCAACAUUCCAUUUUUAUAAGAAUGGAAAGAAGGCAGCUGGAAUUCUUGGAGCAAGUGAGAACCAUUUGAAAGAAAAAAUCGAAGCAUUGCAGUGA